AUGGCCCCAUCCAAGUCUUCCACCGAGGGUUUGCUAGGCUUGACCGCACACGAGACCCGCCUGUUGGUACUCGCACACCUUUGCUUGGAUAAGGAAUCUAGAAAAAUCGACUUCGACAAGAUGGCAUCUCGAAUCAAUAGCGCCAGUGCAUCCGCUCGCUCCAUGUACAAUAGAGCGAUUCAGAAGCUGGUCAAACACAAUUCAGAGUCGGACGGCAGUAUGGAGAAUGAUUCAACGCCCUCUAUGACAACCACUGCAAGUCCUCCGCCUUCAACUCCGGGCCCCGUGCGGAAUCGUGGCCGCGGUCGCGGUCGAGGUACUGGGCGUGGUGGUGGUCGUGGGCGUCGCAAGGCUCAACCUUCUGAAAGAGCGGCGACGGCUGAAGCGGAGGAGGUGGAAGGUCAGCUUGAAAUAAAAGAGUCUGGACUGGAGAUCAAGGAGCCUGAGCUGGAAAUGAAAGAUGCAUAUGAACAGCUUACUGUGGCGGAAGAUAAGAGUCUCGAGACUUGA